AUGGAUGGAGAAUUAGAGAGUAAUGGAACUAAUAAAAUGCCAUUGUUGGAGGGAUGGAAGCUUACAGGAAGUGGACGGGAGAGCAGCCGGCGUUUCAGUCGGCGCAACUCAUUUAAGUCACUCCGGCAUGAUUUUUUGUUAAGGCUUCCAGAUAAGGUGAUCAAGUCUUGUGUUUUUGACUCAGAAGCUUCAUCCAUCAUUAAUAAUAUCUCAAAAUCCUCUGACUUAACCAAAGGAGAAAAGGAAUACUAUGAAAGACAGUUUGAGACAUUGAAGUCAUUCGAGGAAGUUGAUAUUGCAGUCGCGUCUGAUGGAAUUGAUGAAGAGGAUCUUGAAGAACAAGCUCAACAUGAGAGAGCAAUGACAGUAUCCAAUUUUGCAAAUAUUGUACUUCUGGCUCUUAAGAUCUAUGCCACAGUGAAGAGUGGCUCCUUAGCUAUCGCUGCAUCUACGUUGGAUUCAUUGCUUGACCUCAUGGCUGGUGGCAUACUAUGGUUCACUCAUCUGUCGAUGAAAAAUAUUAAUGUCUAUAAAUAUCCUAUAGGAAAAUUGAGAGUGCAGCCCGUUGGAAUCAUUGUGUUUGCUGCUAUUAUGGCUACACUUGGCUUUCAGGUGUUGAUCCAGGCUGUGGAACAACUAGUUGAAAAUAAACCUCCUGAAAAGAUGGCUUUGAAUCAGCUUGCAUGGUUAUAUUCAGUCAUGUUAACUGCCACAGUGGUAAAGCUUGCCCUGUGGCUUUACUGCAGAAGCUCAGGAAACGACAUUGUUCGUGCAUAUGCAAAGGAUCACUAUUUCGACGUGGUUACUAAUGUAGUGGGAUUGAUAGCAGCUGUACUUGGUGAUAAGUUCUACUGGUGGAUUGAUCCUGUUGGUGCUCUUAUCCUUGCUAUUUACACAAUCACAAAUUGGUCAGGCGCUGUGAUAGAGAAUGCAGUGUCACUAGUGGGACAGUCAGCCCCUCCUGAAGUUCUGCAGAAGUUAACAUAUCUUGUUAUGAGACACCCUCAAGUGAAGCGUGUUGAUACAGUUCGAGCAUACACCUUUGGUGUUUUGUACUUUGUUGAGGUUGAUAUUGAACUCCCGGAAGAUUUGCCAUUGAAAGAAGCACAUGUUAUCGGAGAGGGUCUACAAAUAAAGCUGGAGAAACUUCCUGAAGUCGAACGUGCAUUUGUUCAUAUUGAUUUUGAAUGUGAACACAAACCAGAGCACUCUGUCCCCAGCAGGAUUCCCAACAGUGAACCCUAAGUGUGUUUUCAUCAUACCAGAGAAAUUUUAAUGUAAAGAAUAGGAACUGCCUGAAUUA